AUGUCGGAUAGCGAUUUUUCCCUGUCAACGACAAAGCAACCAGCAAAAAGGGCAAGAACAAAGAGAAUUCAAAUAGACAGUGAUUCUGACGACGUCUUUGACUUUGAAAUUAAUAACACUGACAGCGAUUAUGCUCCGUCAACAUCAAAAGCAAAGAAACAACCGGCAAAAAAGAGAAAAGUGACAAAGAAAACUCCAAUAGAUAUUGAUAGUUCUGAUAAUGAUAUUUCUGAUAAUAAUUAUACCCAGUCAACGUCAAAAGGAAAGAAACAACCAGCAAAAACGAGAAAAGUGACAAAGAAAACUCCAAUAGAUAUUGAUGGUUCUGAUAAUGAUAUUUCUGAUAACAAUUUUACCCAGUCAACGUCAAAGGGAAAGAAACAGCCGGUAAAAAGGGCAAAAGCGACAGAAAUAACUCAAAUGGAUAUCGAUGGUUCUGAUAACGAUAUUUCUGACGUCGCGGAAGCUUCUUCGAGUAAAAUGAAUAAUACGUCGCAUAGCGGAAAAACAGUAGAAGAAAUAUAUCAAAAGAAGACACAAAUUGAGCAUGUUUUAUUACGUCCAGACACUUAUAUCGGGUCUGUUGAAUCUGUAACUGAAAAACUUUGGAUUUACGACUCGGAGACUGAUUCCAUGGUGUAUAAGGACGUAACUAUAGUCCCCGGACUUUAUAAGAUUGUUGAUGAAAUAUUGGUUAACGCUGCUGAUAAUAAGAUCCGGGACCCUUCGAUGAAUACUAUAAAAGUCAGGAUUGACAAAGAACAGAAUUUAAUAUCAAUCUACAACAAUGGCAAAGGAAUUCCUAUUGAGAUGCAUAAGGAAGAAAAUGUCUAUGUUCCGGAAUUGAUUUUCGGGCAUCUUUUGACAUCUUCGAAUUAUAAUGAUAGUGAAAAAAAGGUUACAGGUGGUCGUAAUGGUUAUGGCGCAAAAUUGACAAAUAUUUUUAGUACUGAGUUUAUUGUGGAAACGACCGAUACGACAGUUAAAAAAAAGUACCGACAAAUAUUUAAGAAAAAUAUGAGCAUCAAAGAAAAUCCGAAAUUAACUUCGUACUCAAAAAAAGAAGAGUAUACGGAGAUAACUUUUAAACCGGAUCUCGAAAAGUUUGGCUUGUCCGAAUUAACUGAUGACAUCAUCGGAUUACUAAAAAAGCGUGUAUUCGAUAUGGCCGGAUGUUGCAAGAAUGUAAAAGUUAUUUUAAAUGAUGAACGAAUUAAAAUUCGUAAUUUCAAGGAAUAUAUUCAAAAAUAUUUGCCACCUCCAAAUACAUCUGAAGAUUCG